GUGCCGACCAUCUUGCUACUUCACCAUCACAUAGUCUUUUCAUGACCUCCACGCGGGAUCUAUUUGGGGGAGCCAUCACGGCUACCUUUCCUACUCGUCUGAUCGAUGCGUCAGAUCUGCGCCAGAUUCCUGACACGCAAGAAGUGUUUCUCUAUCCGGAAUCCAACAUCAGCAUCAUCGUAGAGAUAUUGCAGAGCGUUGCAGCUCAGGGAUCGGUUGACAUUGCAAGGUUCCACUUCGACUCUUUGGCUCACGACAAUGAUGCUGAAGCACACGAAGUGGUCGACAUAUACCAAAUGUCUGACGAAGGCAGCGACCAAACUACUCCCCCUCCCACUGUGCUGACAGGAACGCAGCUCGUCCGCAAGUUCAACAAGCCAGAAGCGGACGAGGUCCGGGUCCUCCUUGCUGUCUAUCGUCUGCAACCCCAUAAUGUCGACCUAGUCUUGUCAAUGAACGUUCCGACAAAGUCAGCGGAUGGUGGCGCUGUCGAAGGGGACGAGUGGAGGAUCGCACAAGACACCUUUGCGGCCGUCGCUCGAUCUCUAAAGAUCGUAGAUUAUAGCUUGUUUGCAUGAAGGAUGCGAUACAUAAACACAGAAUUUGUUAUGAAGUACGCUGCAGCGUCGUUGUAGACAAGCAUCUCAUGCUUUGCGACGAAGCGUAUUCUUUGAUGAACGAAGUAUUAUGUGGCUCGAUUAUUUGUACAUGCCUAUUCCACUGAAUUCCUAAUGGUCAUACAAUGUUACACU